UGUAAAUUGUAAACGAGCAUGUCUCGUUCUUUCACUUUUGUUACAAAAUUUUUAUUAUAUGAAAACGUUUAUAUUAUCAUGAAAAAGCAAUUUUUUUAGUUUUAAAAUAUUCCGAACUGAAGGUUUUGUUCAUGCGUGAAUUAAUUUCGUUCAAAAAAAAUUUGUUAGGAGCUUUCUUUUAAAACGGGACACAAGAGGUUCUUACAUGCGUAUUAACUAUGCCAUCAUCAGCUGAACCAGAUUCUCAAAAUUAUCGUCAGAAAUAUCGUAACUUAAAGAGGAAACUUAAAGUACUGAUAUAUGAAAAUGAAUGUUUUCAAGAAGAACUCAAAAAAGCUCAAAGAAAGCUUCUCAAAGUUUCAAGAGAUAAAAGCUUUCUUCUGGACAGGUUAUUGCGGUAUGAAAAUGUUGAUUCCUCAUCUAGUGAUUCUGAAGCCACAGUUUCAAGUGAUUCUGAUACACAGUUUAGAGCAGAAUUACUUACUUUAAAAAAAAAGAGAGCUCCUGUAAAUAUUGAAAAUCAAGACACAGCUCCUACCACAUCCACUAUUAAUAACACUCAGUCCUAUACAGAGGGGCAUUUAGUUAAAACUCAAAUUAAGCAAACCGUGGAUGUAAAGAAGAAAAAGCCCCGUAAAACAUGUCCUGCAAAACCAGUAGUCAUGCCUCAACAUCAACUAAGCUUGGUUCCAGGACCAUCUGCAGAUAAAGAAAUCAUUGGAUGUUCAAGUAUUCCUCAAGCUCCUUCCAAUGUAAUAAUUGAAGCAAUACCUGUUAACCAUGGAGAUGGUCACAUGACUUCAGAAGAAAUUGAAAGACAUUUAGAAGCAAAACAUUCUCUGAGAGAUCUAAUCCCAGAGAAGACUCCCCUAACAGUACCAGUUGAACUCUUUAGUAAUGAACCUUCUGUAAUGGAAUGUGAAAUUAUGGAUGGACAAGUGUCUGAUAUCUCUCCAAACAAUGUUGUUGAAAAUGUUGGAAUCAUGAUUGAUAUACAUGAAUAAGUACAUAAUAUUAAUUGUAUGCAUUGAUCAUCAUAAAACUCAUUUACUUGUACAAUAUUAUUUUUUAUGAACUAUUUUUUAUCUUGUUACUUAAAAAACUUUGUAGAAUGUAUUGUAGAUUUUCUAAUAAAAGUAUUA